AUGGAAACACCGACUUUGUUCAUCUGCCUUUACAUUAUCUGCCUGUCAGUCUUUGGCUUAUCGACUGCGGCUGACACAUUAAGUUCAGGCCAUUCUAUGAAAGAUGGAGAGAAAUUGAUCUCUACUGGCCAAAGCUUUGAGCUCCGCUUCUUCUCUCCUGGCAACUCCCAGAAGAAGUACUUCGGCAUGUGGUACAAGAUCACUCCAGAAACAGUUGUUGGGGUUGCCAACAGGGACAAUCCACUCACUGAUUCACAUGGAUUUCUCACGUUUAGCGAUGAUGGAGAUCUAGUUCUUGUCAACCAAUCGAAAAGCAUUGUCUGGUCUUCAAAUGUGUCCAGGGCUCUGAAAAAUCCCGUUGCACAGCUCUUAGACACUGGAAAUCUUGUUCUCAGAGAGAAUACCAGUCUGAAUUCUGAUGACUACUCAUCGCAGAGUUUUGAUCAUCCGUCUGACACACUACUACCAGGUACGAAAUUAGGAUGGGACUUGAAAAUCGGUCUAGAAAGGCAUCUGACUUCUUGGAAAAGCAUAGAUGAUCCUUCCUCUGGAGAUUAUACUUACAGGUUGAACAUUCAAGGGUUGCCUCGAUUGGAACUCAUCAGCUUAGGAUCCAGCAAGAAAUAUCGGACAGGACCGUGGAAUGGCAUACAGUUCAGUGGUGCACCAAUUAGCUCAAAUGCAGUUACCAAGCUAGUGUUCUUCUAUGGUGAAAAUGAGAUCUAUUUGGAAGUAGAAGCCAGAAAAAGCGAAUUUAUCCCUAGAGUAUUUACAAUGAACCAUUCUGGGUUGCUCCAGUUCCAUGUUGCCAGUAAAAGAAGCAAAGCCUGGAAUAUCAUGUACUCAGUGCCCAACGAUCCAUGUGAGGCUUACGGUACUUGCGGAGCCAGUAUCUGUAAAAUUAGCAGAGCUGCAAUAUGUGAUUGCUUAAAGGGAUACAAACCAAAGUCUCCAGAAGAAUGGGAUCUUAAUUGGUCUGGUGGAUGCACGAGAAAAACACUAAAUGGUUCGAAGGAAGAAGGGUUCCUCAAACUUGCAAUAGUGAAACUUCCCGACCUGUUAGAUUUCUGGUUGAACAAUAACAUGAGCCUCAAGGAAUGUGAAGACGAGUGCUUAAAGAACCGUUCAUGUACAGCUUAUGCUAAUUCAGAUGUUAGAGGAGGAGGUAGCGGCUGUCUCCUGUGGUUUGGAAGCCUAAUUGACAUUGAGGAGUACAAAGAAGGCGACUAUGGGCAAACUCUAUACAUACGCCUACCAUUAUCUGAACUAGCCAUGGUGUACUUCCAUUGUAUCCGGAAUUGCCGAAUAAAGAGCAAAGGUCAGUACAACUGGUUCUAUGAAUGUUGGAAAAUCAAGGAGGAAGAUGUUGAUUUGCCACUUUUUGAUCUGGCUACCAUCGUUAAAGCUACGGACGGCUUUUCUGAGGAUAAUCUUAUUGGAGCUGGUGGCUUUGGCCCCGUUUACAAGGGCAAUCUUUUCGCAGGACAAGAAGUAGCAGUAAGAGACUGUCGAGAAAUUCAGGACAAGGUCUUGAAGAAUCAUGAAAGAUGCUUAUUGUUAGACUGGGAAAAACGUUUUGACAUUAUCAUUGGGAUUGCGAGAGGUCUUCUCUAUCUGCACCAUGAUUCAAAACUUCAAGUAAUUCACCGGGAUCUCAAAGCUAGCAACAUUUUAUUGGAUGGAAGCCUAAGCCCUAGAAUCUCGGACUUUGGGUUGGCGAGAAUUUUUGCAUGUGAUGAGAAAGAAGCAAAGACAGAGAACAUCGGAACUUAUGGCUAUAUGUCCCCUGAGUAUGCCUUCGAUGGAAAAUUAUCUAUGAAAUCUGAUGUCUUUAGCUUUGGUGUGCUUUUGUUAGAGAUUUCAAGCAGCAAAAGAAACAGAGGAUUCUGCCACCUAAAUCAUCACCAUAACCUUCUUGGACAUGCAUGGUUGCUAUGGAGUGAAGACAGAGCCAUGGAACUCAUUGAUGGGUGCCUGUAUGAUUUGGUGGAACCUCAAGUACGGAGAUGUAUCCAUGUUGGCUUGUUAUGCGUGCAGAAGUUCCCAAAUGACAGACCAGCGACGUCCUCUGUAGUGGCCAUGUUAGGCAAUGAAAGUGGAAGCUUGCCUCAACCUACGCAGCCUGGUUUCUUCAUGAAAAGAGGUUCAAUGGACUUUAGCGCAACCAUGAGGCAUGAAGAACUCCAUACUGUCAAUGCAGUCACAGUGACGACGUUGGAUGGUCGAUAGUGUGUUGUUGUGAGGAAUUGCGAAUAGAUCUGAGAAAUGUCGUUG